GACUGGCAUCCACAGGACGGGUUCUUCUUCCAAAUAAUAGGCCCAGGCCCACUCUCUCUACCUCCCUCUCUCUCUCUUCCGCUUCUUCGCGUCCAACUAAAACCCAAACCCAUGUCCGCAUUCCUCGUCCUUGCAGCUGUUCCACAGGAUGUGCUUCUCCGCCCUCCACUUGGUUGAAGCGAUGUGAUGGCUGGGAUCGGAAAUCCGACUCAGGGCUCCUCUUCCUCAGCUGCGUUCUUGAUCAGCUGAGGAUCUACCUUUUGUUUCCUUGCUUCUUCUUGCGUUGAGCUUGAUUCCGAGGGUUGUGUUGGUUGCGUAAGAGCUCAGGUGGUGGUGUCCGGUGAUGGACUCCUGGGGCUUGGAUGGCCAAACCUUUUACAAGCAGGAGCAGCAAUGAGAGGAGAGCGAGAUGCUACCAGUUUAGCCGCAGAAGGAGAAGGAGAAUAUGUGGCAAGAGGAAGCAGAGAGAAACAAGAUCUGGUAGCAGCAGCAGCAGCAGCCAUAGGUUGGUGAGAUCGAAAGCUGGAACAGGGACGCAAGAAGAGGGAGAAGGAUCUGGAUCCGACAGAGGCUCCCUAUCUUCCGAUUCCGGCGGAACCAAACGAAAGCGGAGGAGGAGAAAGAGAGGUAGAAAACGGAGGAGGAGUUCAGCUUCAUCAAAUCCACCGCCACGACUGGGGCGCUUACGUUUCUUCUUCUUCGGCUGCCACCGCUUCCUUCUCCGAGUAUGCCCGGCUUCCCGAGAGGAUGGGGGAGAGCUACAGCCACCAAAGCCUCUUCCUGCAGCAGCAGUUGCAGCGGCCGGUUGCGCGCUCGAGGCUCGGCGGCGGCGGCGUGAGGGGCGGCGCGGUCGGGGAGAUCGUGGAGGUCCAGGGAGGCCACAUUGUGCGGUCCACCGGCCGCAAGGACCGCCACAGCAAGGUGUGCACCGCCAAGGGCCCCCGCGACCGCCGCGUCCGCCUCUCCGCCCACACCGCCAUCCAGUUCUACGACGUGCAGGACCGCCUCGGCUACGACCGCCCCAGCAAGGCCGUCGACUGGCUCAUCAAGAACGCCAAGACCGCCAUCGACGAGCUCGCGGAGCUUCCUCCCUGGACCCCCUCCGCAACCGUCGCCUCUUCCUCCCGCCCUCCUCCACCUCCUCCUCCCAAUCAGUUCCCGUCCACCGAGCAGGCCACCGGCGAGUCCAGCAGGAAACCGAUUCCAGUAGCCGAUCCAGUCGCUUCCGUUGCUUUCAGCUUUGGCGGCGGCGGCGGCGGUGCUAACGCUAGCUUUCUGCCACCAUCACUGGACACCGACUCGAUCGUCGAUACGAUCAAGUCCUUCUUCCCAGUGGCUGCUGCUUCGGCUGCUACUUCGCUGUCCUCUACCCCUUCCGUUGGAUUCCACACCUACUCAUCCGACCUUCCGUCGCGAGAUAGCAGCCAAGUCAAAUACCUCCGCCUAUCCCUCCAAUCCUUCCAAGAUCCGAUCUUUCGCAAUCCUGAAUCCAGCCACCAUCAUCGCCACCACGGCCAAUACCACCAGAGCUCAGCUCCUCCCACGCACGACGCACACUUCCCGGGCUCCGUCCAGUUCGCGUUUGGCUCCGACGAACAGGGCCACCGGAUUUCUCCGUGGAACGUGGUGGAAUCGAGCGGCGGCGGCUGUGGCGGAGGCCACGCAUUCAGCUUCCCACCACCGCAGGCGGUGCCGCUGCACUCUGUGCUCGGCCAUAGCCAGCUUUUCUCUCAGAGGGGACCCCUUCAGUCCAGUAACCCGCCCGCGAUCCGAGCUUGGGCCGACCCUGCAGCUGCAGCUGCCGCAGCCGAUCACCGGAUGCAACCUGCGCUCCAUCCGUCAAUCUCAUCCAUCGGUUUGGCAUCUGGCACCGGCUUCUCAGGGUUCCAAGUCCCGGCACGGAUCCAGGGCGAAGAGGAGCACGACGGCAUCAUCACCGGCAAGCCGCCGUCUGCUUCCUCUGCGUCUCGCAGUUGAUGGAGUCGAACAGGGGAAGCGAUCACCAGCAGUCUAAAACACUUGUGUGUUCUCACAGGAUUGCUUACAGAGGAGAGUGAUGGGAACCCCAUCAUCUCUU